CAGAGGCUGUGGUUCAGUGGACCGCGAGCUGUGCGAGCGGAACACGUGUUAUCUCCGGCAAGGAGUUUAAGGGUCCUGGCGGUACGGAGUGUUGUAAUCCACGGAACCUGGAAGAAUCCCUAAAGAUGAAGCUGAGUCUCGUCAAAGUCGUUAAUGGCUGCCGUCUAGGAAAAAUACAAAACCUGGGAAAAGCAGGGGACUGCACAGUGGACAUUCCAGGCUGUCUUCUCUAUACCAGGACUGGCUCUGCCCCACACCUGACACAUCACACACUGCAUAAUAUCCAUGGGGUCCCAGCCAUGGUCCAGCUCACACUGUCAACCUUGUGAGUGCUGAACCUAAUCAUUCAGAGCAGAACAUCAUGAGGUCUUGGCAGAGUAUAAAAAAGGAGUCGGAAGCUUUAUAGGCAUGCCAGAAUCUCUCUUCUACUGCUCCCUGCACGAUCCAGUCAGCCCCGGCCCAUCUGGUUAUGUAACAAAUAAGUCUGUGUCCGUGUGGGGUUUUGGAGGUCGAGUGGAAAUGACCGUUUCCAAGUUCAUGGCCAUUCAGGAGGCCCUGCAGCCGGACUGGUUCCAGUGCCUCUCAGAUGGCGAGGCAUCUUGUGCAGAAGCAACUUCCAUAAAAAGGGCCAGGAAGUCUGUGGACCGGUCCCUUCAGUUCCUGGACAGCUGUUUGCGCCUACAGGAAGAGUCUGAGGUCCUUCAGAAAAGUGUGAUCAUUGGAGUGAUUGAAGGUGGAGAUGUGAUGGAGGAGCGGUUGAGGUCCGCACGAGAGACAGCCAAGCGGCCUGUGGGGGGCUUCCUUCUGGACGGCUUUCAAGGGAAUCCAACGGUCACAGAAACCAGGCUGCACUUGCUGUCAUCAGUCACUGCAGAGCUGCCAGAGGACAAACCAAGGCUCAUCUGCGGAGUCAGCCGGCCCGACGAAGUGCUCGAUUGUAUUGAAAAAGGAGUGGACCUGUUUGAGAGUUUUUUCCCAUAUCAAGUGACUGAGCGGGGUUGUGCCCUGACUUUCACCUUUGAUUGCCAGCUGAGUCCUGAAGAGACAUUAUUGCAGCAAAAUGGAAUCCAAGAAGAAAUAAAAUGCUUGGAUCAAAUAAAGAAAAUUGAAGCAGCUGGGUGCAACCAAGAAAUGACAUCAUUUGAAAUUAAUCUGAAAGAGAAAAAGUACCAGGAAGACUUCAGCCCGCUCGUGAGAGGGUGCUCCUGUUACUGCUGUAAGAAUCACACUCGCGCAUACAUCCACCAUCUGCUGGUGACCAACGAGCUCCUGGCCGGCGUCCUGCUCAUGAUGCACAACUUUGAACACUACUUCAGAUUUUUCUGCUCCAUCCGGGAAGCACUAAAAAGUGACACUCUGGCACAGUUGAAAGAACUCAUCCGCAGACAGAUGUCUUGAGAAUGGGAAAACAAAGAAUCUAAGACCUGAGCUUUCAGUGUUGAUGGCGGGAAUGAAGAGCGCCUGCCUCGGACUGCCCAUGGCGGUGCAGAGGAAGGCCUGCUGGAGACCUCAAUGGACCAGAAUGAUAUGAACCAUGACUUCAGCAUGUUUUGAUUUAGUAAAGCAGAAUGUCUCCUCCAGGGUCAACUUUUCCUUGUUAAAAAAACAUGGCAAGACAUUCUGGUUGUAAAUCAUCAGAGUCAAACAAUCCAGGCAGACUUUGUCUUGAACAUGAUCUCUGUUUGGAAUUCUUCAUGACUUUGAGGACCAGCACUGGUUCACAAACAUUGAAAGUAGCCUUCGUUUCUGAGGAAAUGGAAGGAUAUCAUGAAAGGAAUUUUCCAAAUCUAGUCCUAUCCAUCUCUGGGGAAGCUGUAAUUUGAAUUCUUACUGUAAGCCUUGACCAUGCCCCCUCCAGAAUUCAGCAGAGUACACAGAGCCUCUCUUCUUCUCAGUUGACUGUUUCACAUUGACUUCCUAGUCUUCUCUCCCAGAGUGAUUUCUCCUACAGAUGGAACCAGCUUUGCUUAGUCCUUCUCCUGGUCAACACUGACGCUCAUUUUCCAAGUACUUGCUCUGUUUCCCAGAUGAAAUCUUUCCUUAGGCUGGCAGUCGCGGAGCUCCUGCACCAAGGUGGGAAGUGACUGGAGUUUUUUUUUGUUUUUGUUUUUGUUUUUGUUUUUGUUUUUGUUUUUGUUUUAAUGCAUCAGGAAGUUUGGUCUGUGGUUUGCAGAGUUGGUGGUUGGCAGCUGCAGGAUCUGAGUCUGGUUGUCCUUCCUGGGUUCUCUCGAUUCUAUAGUUUUGUUGGUAUCAUGACAGGGUUUUUGUUUAUUUGUUGUUGUGUGUGUGUGCUUUUCUAUAUUUAUCAGAUUUUCUAUAGAAUACUCAAAACAUGUAUAUACAUGUAAUUUUUAUAAAAAUAACAAUUUAAAAUCUUUUUGAAUAUACAAGAAAUGUAUUUCUUAUAUUUUAUUGGCUUCAAUUUUAUAAUGGGCAUUACUGAAUAUUGUAUGUAAUAAUUAUGUAGUUAAUUGUAUUCUUAUGUGUUAGAAACUCAACUUGGUUUUUUCAUUUAGUGGUAUGAUGACUUCUCAUGAAUGCAAAGGAUACUAUGGAGACAGUUUGUGUUCUCAGUGAUCUCUAUUGAAUGUAUUUUAUACUUGUUUAUGUGUUUGUAUUCUUGGUCAAUACCAAACCCAUUAUUGAAGGAUUACUAGUAAAUAUCCAAGAAUCCAUAUAAAUUUAUGAGUUUUAUUUAUGCCCAAAACACUGAAAAUUCUGUUAAACAUUGUUCAGGUCCCUGGGUCUUUUUCUUAUUAGCACAUUUGAAAAAAUUCUUUUAUGUUUUAAAUGUAUUAAGGGCAAUAGCCAAUAAACAUUUUUAAUUAAAAAAAA